UUCAAUCAUCUCUUUCUCUCUCAUUUUCUUUUAUUAUUAUUCUGCUUCUUUGUGUCUUCACUGUCACUGUUUCUCUUUUCUUUCUUUGAGCCAAACAGAAAAAAGAAAAAAAAAACUCUUUGAUUUGAAGUAACUUUGCAACUCGAGCAGUUUUGAAUGCGGUCUUAAUAGAACCCAAGCAUUUUCUUUCUAUUCACUCAUUUCCGUUAUUUAAUUUAUCCAUUUCAAGAAAUCCUUACAUUCUUUUGAUUUUUGUAUUUCUUUUUGUGAAUAAAUAUACAUUUUAGCAUUUGGAAAUGCGGGAGAGCCAGCGAUUUUUUGAGGUGUUAAGGCCGAUCGGAAAAUCGCCGGCGAUUUGAUGGAAUCUACUACACUGUUUAGCCGUACAGGUUUUCAUUUUUCAUGGAGAUUUUUUUCCAGUGUAGUAGUAGUUCAUGUUCGGCGUCUAAGCUCAGAUUCGCAGUCGUUGUUUUCGAGAUUGCAACACUGAUAUUUUUAUGCUUUCAACCUGCUAAUGCGAACCACCUAGAAAAAAGAAUACAAUGGCAAGUCGAAGAAAGAGGAAGUGGAAAUAUUGUAUCACAUUCAUGCAUUCAUGACCAGAUAAUUGAACAGAGGAGGCGACCUGGUCGCAAGGUGUACUCUGUUACCCCACAGGUUUAUGAUCAAUCUGGUAUGUCUAAAUCUCUUCAUAAUAAAGGAAGGGCUUUGCUUGGAGUUUCAGAAUUACAGUUUCAGCAAAAGGAUGCAAAGCAGCCCAUUAGAAUUUUUUUAAAUUAUGAUGCCGUUGGCCACUCGCCUGAUAGGGAUUGCAGAAAAGUGGGUGACAUAGUGAAGCUUGGAGAACCUCCUGUGGCUUCUCCUGGCACUCCUUCUUGCAAUCCUCAUGGUGAUCCUCCACUUUAUGGUGACUGCUGGUAUAACUGCACUUUUGAUGAUAUAUCUGGGGAGGAUAAAAGGCGUCGCCUUCAUAAGGCUUUGGGGCAGACGGCUGACUGGUUUAGGAGAGCCCUUGCUGUUGAGCCUGUGAAGGGAAACUUGCGAUUAAGUGGAUAUUCUGCUUGCGGGCAAGAUGGGGGUGUGCAACUUCCGCAUGAAUAUAUUGAAGUGGGUGUAGCUGAUGCGGACUUAGUUUUAUUGGUGACUACAAGACCUACCACAGGCAACACUCUAGCAUGGGCAGUGGCAUGCGAACGUGAUCAGUGGGGUCGUGCAAUUGCUGGACAUGUGAAUGUUGCUCCUCGCCAUUUAACAGCCGAGGCAGAGACUUUACUUUCGGCAACUCUUAUACAUGAGGUUAUGCAUGUUCUUGGUUUUGAUCCCCAUGCCUUUGCGCACUUUAGGGAUGAGAGGAAAAGGAGGCGUGGUCAGGUUACUGAACAAGUUAUGGAUGAGAAGCUUGGGCGAAUGGUAACCCGCGUAGUGCUUCCUCGUGUUGUCAUGCAUUCACGGCAUCAUUAUGGGGCUUUCUCUGAGAAUUUUACUGGUUUAGAACUUGAAGAUGGAGGAGGGCGUGGCACAUCAGGGUCACAUUGGGAAAAGAGGCUUCUGAUGAAUGAGAUUAUGACAGGAUCUGUUGAUACAAGAUCUGUCGUUUCAAAAAUGACACUGGCUUUAUUAGAGGAUAGCGGGUGGUACCAGGCUAAUUAUAGUAUGGCAGACCGCCUUGAUUGGGGCCGCAACCAAGGAACUGAGUUUGUUACCUCCCCUUGCAAUCUCUGGAAUGGGGCAUACCAUUGCAACACAACCCAGUUGUCAGGUUGUACCUACAACAGAGAGGCAGAGGGGUACUGCCCUAUUGUAAGUUAUAGUGGAGACCUCCCUCAGUGGGCUCGCUACUUUCCCCAACCAAAUAAAGGUGGGCAGUCAUCACUGGCUGAUUACUGCACUUACUUUGUGGCCUACUCUGAUGGAUCAUGCACGGACACUAACAGUGCACGGGCACCUGACAGGAUGUUAGGUGAAGUUCGAGGGAGUAGUUCCAGGUGUAUGGCUUCAUCAUUAGUACGCACGGGGUUUGUACGAGGUUCUGUGACCCAAGGGAAUGGUUGUUAUCAGCACAGAUGUGUAAACAACUCUCUUGAGGUUGCUGUGGAUGGUAUUUGGAAAGCAUGUCCAGAAGCUGGUGGACCAGUUCAGUUCCCUGGCUUCAAUGGUGAGCUGAUUUGCCCUGCUUACCAUGAACUUUGUAGUACCGGCUCAGUUUCUCUACCUGGGAAAUGUCCUACUUCAUGUAAUUUUAACGGGGACUGUAUUGAUGGGAAGUGUCACUGUUUCCUAGGAUUUCAUGGUCAUGAUUGUAGUAAACGUUCUUGCCCUGGUAAUUGCAAUGGGCGUGGAGUGUGCCUGUCAACUGGAGGCUGUAAAUGUGAAAAUGGUUACACUGGCAUCGACUGCUCUACUGCGGUGUGUGAUGAACAGUGCAGCCUUCAUGGUGGGGUAUGUGAUAAUGGAGUUUGUGAGUUCCGGUGCUCGGACUAUGCUGGCUAUACCUGUCAGAACAGCUCCUCUCUUCUAUCUAGUCUUUCUGUUUGCCAAAAUGUCCUUGAGAGCGAUAUUUCUGGUCAACACUGUGCACCCAGCGAACUGAGUAUUCUGCAGCAGCUGGAAGAAGUUGUUGUCAUGCCCAACUACCACCGAUUAUUCCCAGGUGGUGCCCGGAAGAUAUUUAACAUAUUCGGCAGCAGCUACUGCGACACAGUUGCUAAGCGACUAUCUUGCUGGAUAUCCAUCCAGAAGUGCGACAAGGACGGUGAUGACAGGCUUCGGGUAUGCCAUUCAGCAUGUCAGUCCUAUAACUUAGCCUGUGGGGCAUCACUCGACUGCUCAGAUCAAACCCUCUUUAGUAGUGAAGAGGAAGGCGAGGGUCAAUGUACAGGCUCUGGAGAGAUGAAAGUAACAUGGUUGAAUCGUCUGGGGAUUAGGUUCUUUUCAAGUAAUAUGUCUUCCAAAGGGAUGUCUGUAAAAUAUAGGCAGCUGUAGUUUUUCAUCUUUGUUCCCCCCCCCCUGUUUUAUUUUUUGGCCCACCUAAUUGUUUUCAUAAUUUUGGGUUGUAAUUUUACUGGGGCUCAAUUGUAGGAAGUGGCACGCAGUGCACGUGCCCUAGAUAUAGGUGGUUGUCCUUUGCUCAUCCAAAUGGCAUUUAAGAAAUUUGGGUGGGAUUGGCUUUCAAAGAUGAAAGCCACGUGUAGAGAGAAUUGGAAAUGUAUGCAAGAACCAAAAAGAAAAAAAAAAGUACAAAAAAGAAAAAAAGAAAAGGAAAAGAAAGAAAGCUUUGCUUCAGUUAUCAGAGGUAUGGCCGAAGGCCUUGAAAGAAAAGAAACGCCUCAAUUUUUA